UAACUGUCGGAAUUUAUUCACAUUAAAUUGGCAAACAGAAGACCACAACAGAAAGGGAGCUUAAAAUGCUGACAAAUGGUGCUAACUUCACAAUCGAACACAUGUGCAAAGGAGAGACAGACUGCAUCAUACUCCCGAGUAAACAAACAAACAACAAUACCUGCACCACUUCAUGUACGGGAGAGCCACCUGGGAAUAUCUCAGAUUCACAUGUGUAUAUUCCAGUAGGGGAUGAUUACCAUCUGGUUCUGAGACAUAACCCGAAUACCCGAAAACAAAAGCCAUUAUCGGUACCAACAAAAUCUCACCCUCAUACGAAGAACGCUGCGAAAUGGUCAGGUCACCAAAAUAGUACAGGUACAAUAUCCUCGUGUAUUAUUCAGCCGACAAAAAUACCAGAGAAAUUGAUAACAGAUAUGGAAUGCGAAGAUAGGAAAAAGUUCGCAAUUUUGACCUCUGAUCAGUUCCAAAGGUGUCUGUACUUGAAUACGAAGGAUAUUCUAUCUAUUGGAGGUCAAGAUAUUUAUUGCGUUGGAUGUCGCACAGGUGUCGAGGCAUUACUCGAUAACUUCAAACAGUCUUCGCUUUCGAAUCUCGAAAGAUUCGAAUCAAUUGGCUGCUCCAAGUUCAAAAUGCUGCUUAACUAUUGUGAUUUGACCUCAGAUGUUAUGUUUUAUCACAUAGGCAUAGCGAAAGCUAGAGUGAAAGAGAUAAUUGACAGUUUGCCCAAGAAAAAACACAGGUGUGUAUAUCAUUCGUCUGGAUAUGAUUUGGCGAGUAACCGGGAGUCGCCGAUUCAGUGGAACGUCCUAUGGGAAAACACGACGCCUGAAUGCAGGAAAGAGAUACUUCGCAUAUCUGAAUCGGAACUGAAGCAAAGUCAAGAAAUGUAUAUAAAGAAACACAAGUUCUGCGAUGACUGUCAAUACCAUCUAUCAAAUGCGUUCAGGUUACUAUUCGAGCGGGAGAAUGGAAACAAACUUGAAGACUUCAACGCCGAAACAUACCAGUACCUGUCUAUCGAAUCCUGCACGACAUCAGGAGAGCGGUUUGUGUGUGUAUCCCCAGAAACAGGAGUUCUCGCCGAAAUGAUGGAGCGACUCAAAAAUCAACUCAACACGAGUAACCCGAAUGAAGAACGUCACGCGAGGACUCUAGACGUCGCCCAGAAAGAAGCCGUUCUGUGCAUUGCUAUGUUUCUCUACAAAAGAGUUCAAACUGUAGUUAUGAAGUUCUCAGGUUUUGUAGCUUGUGUGGAAUUGUUGCCGCACAUGAUUUGGUCGACCUUCAGAACCCAACUUGAGCGAGAAGUGGAAGAUAUUGAAGGUCAAAUGCAGAUUGAGAGAACGUUGAAAGAGUUGGCCCAAUUGGAUGCAAAACAAGCAGCACAGAAGGAACGAAAGCGUGAAAAGAAACGAAACCGGAAGAUAAAGCUGAAACAAUUGUAUGAACAGAACUCAGAUGUCACUAAUGAAGACUGUGCUGUUGAAGGGUGUCAAAAUUGCGAAUCUGAAAAUAGUUUACUAAAAGAGCAGCAAGAAAAACAUCAGCUGAAAAAACGAAGGGACAGUCUGUCCCCACCGGGUUCCCAAAAUUUGUCAGAUGGGGGUUACUCGACAAGUGAAAGUGGAAACAGCCCAAGAUAUGAUGACAAUAGGACCUUGGUCGGGAACUUCAAUCGGCGGAAAGGCGACAAAAUUAACACGAGUAGCAGCGGUAUUUCGUGUUCGAGUAGUCCCGAGUCUUCGAAUUCACCGAACUCGACUAACAGUUCGUCGCCGACAAGAGUAAACCUGACAAAGUGUCGUGGAAAAAGUGAGAAAAAUAUGAAACAGAAGUUGUGCAGAAAUGACUCUUUGGAAAGUAUGUGCAAGAAAUCAACAGAAAUAUUCAAAUCAUCUCCUGAAACAUCAAAACACUGCGUGGAGGAAACAUUAUGUUCCAUAACUGAUUCGGCAAGUAUGGCAAAAUCGAUGCAAAACUUAUCAACGAAAACGGUGAAAGAGCUUUCAAUAAUCGUGAAUGAUAAUCAGAAAGAUAAUCGAUGUUCAGAUUCAGAAACAAAGGACAAGAAAAUAUCUCGCAAAACGGAGAAAGUGAUUUCGUUGCUCGAAUAUGACAGCAAGUUGACCUCUAUUUCUAACAAGUCGGUCGAAAAGAAAAAUGCGAAGAACAAGAAUAAACCGACUAAGAAGGAUUCGAAAGAUGACGAGCAACAAAUACCCCAAAAUGAAAUCGACGAGUUCAAACUGAAACACACGGAUUACAUGAAGCAGCGACAGAACAUUCGGGAAAAAAUCCGAGCGGAAUUUGAAUGCAAACUGAAAACGAACGGAUUGGUGUUGUAG